CUUCAUCACAUUUUUCUCACCUUUGCGAGGUUGAUGAAGAGAAACAUCAAAAGUCGCUCGCUCAACGAGUCGGACCCCAUUUUUUGAUUUCUUUUUUCACGGCAUAUGACAGCAAAAAUCUUUCAUUACUGCCUGCCAUGUCCCGAAAUUCAAAUCCCCAGGCUCGAAUCUCACAUCUGCCACGAGCGGACGGCUCGGCGACGUUCUCGAGGAAUGGUUAUUGCGUGGUUUCAUCCGUCAAUGGGCCGAUGGAGGUGCAACGACGAGAUGAGAACCCUUUCGAGUCGGUCGUUGAUGUUGUUGUACGACCUGCCGCUGGGGUCGGAGGCACGGCAGAACGCCAGCUCGAGAAUGUUUUGCAAUCUUCUCUCCGCCAGCUCAUUCCCGUCAAGAGCUUCCCUCGAUGUCUCAUACAGAUCACACUUCAGGUGACCGAAACACCGCAGAACGACUACGCGAAUAGCAAAAUCGUUCAGGCGCAGUCGAGCCUGCCGCUCCUGCCGGCCCUGUUCCACAGCGCCAUCUUGGGUCUGCUGUCGGCCGCCGUGCCCUUAAAGGCCAUCGCCACAUGCACCACGCUGGCCGUCCUUGAGAAUGGCAGCAAGAUCGUUGCUGACCCGUAUCCUCUUGAGGUUGAUCAGGCAACAUCUCUCCACGUUUUGAGUUUCACUUCGCAGGAUGACUUGUUGUUGGCGGAGAGCGAGGGAGCCUUUUCCUUGACCGAGUGGGACAAGGUGGUUGGCAAAGGCCGGAAUGUGUGCGGCCAGCAUCGCCAAGCGGAACUGGACCCAGUCAUGAACGAAGACGACCAAGACUCGACCGACAUGCGGCAGUUCAUCCGGACAGUGAUGGAAGCCAAAACCGCGUAAAACGCGGCACAGUCAACCAUUGAAGCAGAUAGGGAUAGGGACAGGCUAGGCGACAAGUGAGGCGAAGAACGUCAUUGAGAAGCCUUGAUACGGAAAGGUUUGACAAUGUCCGAAGCUACUUUCGGCGGCGACAGCGACAACUCCGAUGAUAACGAGCACAUCGGCUUAACGGCUUGAAAAAGCUUAAGACCCGGCGCCAAUGAAAAAAAAAGAGACGCAUGUAGCUGUCUGCGGGGAGGACGACGGGCCGGGAGGUAUGACAGGCGGUAAUAGGAUGAGACGAUCGACAGGGCCGCAAAUACGAUUACUGAUGAGACUCAAUAAAGGGGUAGCGACAGGAGCAUAGAAUGACAGCGUCGGGGCUGGGGACUGAAGGUUAGCCCGCCAAUGGGUUGAGCCGCGCUGCAAACCAUCAGAUGCCACGAUGGAUGGAGAACCUGGAAGCGACAGCAAUAACAUGAUACGGAAACAAGAGACCAAUGUUCUCAGGGGCGGAUAAUGAGCAAGGGACACUGUACAAAGUGGGCCGGCUACCGGGGACGGCGCUGAUUUGGACCGUUUGGGAUUACUCGAAUGCGGCGCCAGGCGGCGUUUCAGCUCGACCUCAGGGAACCUGGAGGGAGCGGGCAGGGGGGUUCAGGGGGACGCGGAUUCUGCGACUUUGACAGGCUCUCAGGUCAGCAACUGCAUGGUGUCGUGUUUCCGACCAGGGCAUCUCCCGUCAACAUCUGAUGCUCUCCCGUCGGUCGUGGAAACUGGAAACGACUGUGUGGUCACCUGGGAAGCGGGCUCUGCUUCACGUGUGUGCCGCAGCGCCGCAUGCUUACCUUGCUUGUUCCGCUCUGAUUUGCUCUGAUUUGCUCUGUUCUGCAAAGGAUGCUACCUAUAUCUCCUGGACCUCCUACCUGGUUUGAUUGGGACGCCCCUUAUUCUAUAGCUGACCUUACUAAGACACGCCGAGAAAACACCACCGUGUUUAUCAGGCCAUUUUGAACCCAG